AAGGCAGGACGCUUGGAAGACCAUUAGAUACUGGAUGGAAAGUGCAUUAUUUAGUGUAAGGUCAUAAUACCUUGCCAUGUUGUGACAUUUGGUGGAGUCUUUAUGGAACAGCAGAAUGAUUCUUAACACUGAGGUCCUUUGGAAUAAAGCUUUAACAGACAACAAUGUUAGGGGCAUCAUUUGUUGGUUACGGGGCCUCUAUACUGAUGGUGAAGAGGAUAUGGAUGAACGCUUGGCCAGUUUUGACUGCUGGCUUCAACGAUCAGCAGAACUCACCAAGAAGGAGCUGUUAAUGUGCUGUUUCAGUCAAUGUAGAGGCUUGUGGAUGUUUCUAGAUGAAAACUCAUUUGCUGUCAUCCAUAAACUGGUCCUCAAACUGAAGAACCUGCUUUCUCUAUUCCACCUAGUAAAGAAACAUAGCAGCCCUCUGCACAUUAAACAUGGUAUGCCAUGUGGAGAGUGUGCACUGGGCAGCAAAGCUUCAUAUGGAUGGGAUUAUUGGAACCAGAACCAUUAUGCCAUCAGGCAACACAUCCUGCUUGGCAGGCUGGUACAGUGGUGGGGCAUGGCAGGCCUUCUGCCUAAGUAUCCAGAAGCCCAUGAGUUGAAAAGGAUAUCACAGAUGUGGCGUGAGAUGGACCAGAAACACAGGAGAACUUGUCUGGAGUUGGGAUGUUAUACUGAUGAUAAAUAUCGGUGCAGUUCUCUUAUACAUGGCAUGGUAGCACAUAUGGACAAACAACAUGGCCCCAUAUGGGUUUCAGAAGAGUGUGCCUACCAGACUUACCCACCACCAUCUCUACAAGCUAUGCUGAAGCUAGUGCUGAUGCCUAAUAUUGACAUAGAGUCUGCCCAAGCCAUUAUAAUGUACUUUGUCUUAGACAUUUCCAACUCCCUACAGUGUAAAGAUGAUCUCUUGCAGUCAUUCUGUGAUGCCUUCACAAUCCCAUCCAUAUUCUCCCAGCAGAUCUAUGGAUUCUGGCUUCUUGAUCAUGAAUUAGUAUCAGAUUCAAUGAAUAUCUUAUUGAGCCCAAGGGCUUGUCCUCCACCACUGUCAUGGCACCAUUGUGCUGUUUUGAGGACUUUGCUGAGAAGAGGAGAGAAUCGGCAAGCACUUAAAUAUUUAUAUAGCAUCAAACCAACCAUGGAGAGCAUUCAUGACAUCAAACUCUGCAUGGAUGUCUUAAUACAGAAUAAUUGUGUCUGUGAGGCAUGGGCACUGCUCAAGAGACUUCAAACUGGAAAUGAUCAUCUGUUUAAACAUUUUCUUCAUGGCUGUGCAAAUCGUGGUAUUUGUAGGGACAUGUUGGCCACUCUAUGCAAGGGGAUGACUCAUCUUUGUUUGAUAGAAAGCCAAAAUAUGGAGUCCAACAAAGCAGACAUCUUGAACCAAGAAACUUUGGGUCAACAACUUACUGAACCAGGGCAGAUUCCUCGUCCACUGUCUGCAUUGCUGUACCAGUCUGCUGUGGAUGACCCACUGUCUCCUGGAGAUUUUAUUAGUAUCCUCAGGAAAUCUGUUUCUGAAAUAUGCCCACCACCAAAACUUAAAAGGGAGGUGGUGGUGCUGCCAAAGUAUUUGAGGAGAAGUGUGAACAGUAUAGAACUGCCUCUCUCUUCUCAGGCUUUACACCAUAUCAAAAGCCCAUCAUUGGACAUUCAUUUCAAGAAACAAGCAGAGGAGGAAGUGUAUGAGGAAGGGCUGCCUCUAAUGCCAGAGGAGCACUGUCAAACAGUAUUAGCUGUCUCUAAGUUACUGACCAGAGAUACAACCAUAUUCACUCAAAAUGAGGAGAUAUUUGAGUCAUUGCCAGUGUUCUCUCCUGAUAGCAUGGAGUCUACUGGCUCCUUCUUCUUCACCUGCUCCUCACCACCAGCUGUUGAAUUUGAUGCUCCACCUACAAAGGAAACCAUCCUGCUACUACAAAAAUCUCAUGCUGUGCUUGAUGAUGGGAAAAGCCAAAUCCCAGAUGAUGACAAAAUCCAAACCCCAGUGGACAUGGUGCCCUGCUGCUCUGAUCUGACUCUCACUGUAGAGGGCGCCACUGAGGCAGUUUCCAUCAACAUCCUGAGUAGGGAAAUUGUAGGGGGGACUGAGGAGAUCCUAACUAUUGCAAUACCUGCAGACAUCUCACACACAUUUGAGGGUGAUACAGUGGAAGCUGCACAAGCAGAAAAGAGGCUCAUGGGCUCACUUAACCUUCACCCUAACUUCUACAGUAAUGAGGACAAUCAGUCAGUGUCCUCUGUUCCUGUGAUCCCUGCAGAGAAUCAUAACUUUUUAUCACCUAAUCAUGAGAAGUUUGUUUACCAUAAAAUUGUGCCUGAUGUCGUUACCAUCAAGCCUGAAAAUCUGACUGAAGGAAGGAUUUCUUCACUGAAUGAACAGAAAGCAGAGUUUGUUCAUCUGCAGGAGUCUGUGAGUGCUUCAGGAUCUUCCAGUUUUCUGGAGUUGAAACCCUUAAGGCAAGCGUUAUCUCUUUCUCGGGCGGAGGAAUCUCUGCAAGGCCCAUGUCGUGACUCUGAGGACGCCAUAGACCAGCCAGAAAUUCUCACUUCCUGUGCCCUCACGGACACCAUGCACGAUCUCCUGGCACAUCUCCACCAGGCUGACCUGUUAGCAGAUGUAGGGGAACCCUACCAGCCCUGUUCCUCAACCAUCCUUAAACAAUCCAUCAUGGAGAUGGACCUCAGCCACAUCCAUCGCUCCCCACAAUCCCAUAAACUCCAGACUCCUAUUGGGUCCUCCCUAUUCUCUCGCUCUGGUCCCACACAGCCUCUCAACCUCUCUCAGCAGUCCAGGCACAGGUCCUCUAGUGAGUCGAGGGUCACGGCAACAAAUGAAGCAAUGUGUUUCCGAAGCACCUCAGACCGAGUAGGUCACUGUAAGCUGGGCAGCUGGUGGAAACAGGCACUGGAGACUCGACGGGCUUCUACAGGGCUGCUCCCUGCAUUAGAGCAGGUCUCUCCUGUUACACAAGAAAAACAGACAUCUCCUGGCCCAAGAAGCCCCCAGCGUCAUGGGCUCAUAAGAUUUUUAGAUCUUCCAACCAGUUCAAGAGUGGAAAAACAAGAGGCAGUGAAAAAUGAAUUAUCAGGUCGGAGAGGAUCAUUUAAUUUGAACACUAAUCAGAUGGAGCACAGAUCAACUUCUCAUCGAGGCAGACGAGGAAAGACUGGCAAACGAAUUAAAUGAACAUAAACAUUUGCAUAUGUCCCUGUAUUGCAGAAGCUCUCAAGUUUACACAGAUGAAAAUCUGUAGAAAAUUCUUGUGAAGUUUUUUCAUGAACAUGGAGGCCACUCCCAUUUUUUGUAAUAUCAUUUUUAAUUUCUGUACUUUGAAUUAAGAAUAUUACUGAGAAUAAAAUGUCAGUGGGACUGCAGUUCAUUAACUUUAGAGAAUACAUUUUUAAGGCACAGUAUGUAUACAGCCUACUGCACAAAGAUAUUUGCCCACCUAAAACAAAUGCUACCAUUUGUAAAAACACUUACCAAAAAUGAAAAUUCUGUCUUUCACCCAUCCUCAUGUCAUUCCAAACCCAUGAUUUCUUUCAUCAUGCAAUACUAAAGGAUACAUUUCCAUACAACAAAAUGACUAGGCUUCAAAAAGGGCAAAAAAUACCAUAUCUGUAGUCUAUACAACCUCCGCACCUUUGUCCAUGCACAUAUUCAAACGUGUGCAUCAAGUCAUCUUGCAAAAGGUUUCAUGUUAAUGACAAAAAGCACCAUUAGUUCUUGCCCAUCUCAUGAUGAGCCAAAUUCAGUGAAUAUCAAUUACAUUAACUUAAAUUUCAGUCUGUUCAUCAAACAAAGCUAUUAUAUGGCUUCAGACUUGGAAUAUAGCACAUGGGCCAUAUGCACUCUUCUUAUGGUGUUUUUUUUCUAUUUUCUUUUUUUCUUUUUGUGCUGAAGAGUAUUUUUGGGUAUUCCCUAGAUGUUCCCUUCCUUGCAAAAACAAUCCAUUUUACUUGCCAUAUUUACUAUUCAGUUUAAUUUACUCCUAUUGCUGGUCCCUAAAUUUCCAUACCAGCAUGUAAUGUUGAAACACAGGAUACUCUCCACAAGACUUGUAUACACCAUUUGAAGAAUGUCUUUACUCACACUAAAGCUGUUUAAUUUCCUGAGAAGGUACAGUCUUUGCAUUGCUCUCUUAUAAAUGUAAUCUGUAUUUUUGGAAAAUUGUAAAUUAUUAUCUGUGAUCAUACCGAGAUAUUUAAAUUCUUCAACCAUUUGAAC